UUUUUUUUUAUAAAAAAAAGAGCGAGCGCGCAAGGAUGACAUGAGUAUCAUUGGCGAGGGCGAUUAGGGGAGACUGCCUGCCUAGUACUCAUGUUCGUGAUCCGCGUAUAUGCAUUCUUCCUUGAGAGCACGGCGGCACAUCACUCCUGUCUUGUCAAUCUUAGGAGGGCGGGAGACCGAAAGGAGACGGAAAGACGCUCUCGACUGGUUACCUGGCCCCCCACCCCCCUCUCCCCCCUGCCGAUAUCAUAUUCCUCUUAGGCCAUCACGAGCACCCUCGUCCUUGUGCUUUGUCUCUGCGCCUCAUUCCAACGGACGACCUGCGUUUGUGCCACCACUAUCCCACAUUUCACAUCCAAUCCGCCAAGGAGACUUUCAAUCGCCGUUCUAUCGCACUGCAGCGAAGGACUCGUUAUCUAGCCAGCUUACUGUUCAGCCUGAUCCAGUUUUAUCUCUCUUCUCCGUCUUUCCUACUUUCCCUUCAAUUCGCCCUGCUUCCUCUCAUAACCUGCCGCCACCAUCACCAGCUUCACAACCUGUGAAUCUCACUAGCACACUUACUGUACAGGACGUAUCCCGACUUUAAUCUUUUCAUCCUUGUAUAUUUGUACAGCCAAUUUUGACGAGCGUCUUUAGUGAUCACAUAACAAACAAGCGACCUGACCCACACAUUCAAACCACUAUUUACCCCAUCCCUACCCACCUUUUUACAACUCAUAAAGACAAAGCCAGCAUAUCACCCUC